AUGGAGGGGGAGGAGGAGGAACCACCCCAGGAGGCAGCCAUGGAGCCAGGCAUGACCUCAGAGCCUGCCGAGGUGGCUUCCAGGGAGGCCCCCGGAGAAGCCCAGAGUAUGUCUGACAUGGACGCCUUCAACCUGCUGCUGGAGGUAAAGCUAAAGCGGCGGCGAGAGCGGCCAGCCUUGCCACACACCGUGACUGAGCUGGUGGCCGAGGAUGGGAGCCGUGUGUACGUGGUGGGCACAGCCCACUUCAGUGAUGACAGCAAGAGGGACGUUGUCAAGACCAUCCGGGCGGUCCAGCCUGAUGUGGUGGUGGUGGAGUUGUGUCAGUACCGCGUGUCCAUGCUCAAGAUGGACGAACGGACGCUGCUGCACGAAGCCAAAGAGAUCAGCCUGGAGAAGCUUCAGCAGGCUGUCCGCCAGAAUGGGGUCAUGUCGGGGCUCAUGCAGAUGUUGCUGCUGAAGGUGUCGGCUCACAUCACCGAGCAGCUGGGCAUGGCGCCCGGUGGCGAGUUCAGAGAGGCUUUCAAGGAGGCCAGCAAGGUGCCUUUCUGCAAGUUCCACCUGGGUGACCGGCCCAUCCCUGUCACCUUCAAGAGGGCCAUCGCGGCCCUAUCCUUCUGGCAAAAGGUCAAGUUGGCCUGGGGCCUCUGCUUCCUGUCAGACCCCAUCAGCAAGGACGACGUGGAGAAGUGCAAGCAGAAGGACCUGCUGGAGCAGAUGAUGGCCGAGAUGAUCGGCGAGUUCCCCGACCUGCACCGCACCAUUGUCUCCGAGCGCGACAUCUACCUGACCUACAUGCUCCGCCAGGCUGCAAGGCGCUUGGAGCUGCCUCGCUCCUCUGACGCCGAACCCAGGAAGUGUAUCCCGUCUGUGGUCGUGGGUGUCGUGGGCAUGGGCCACGUGCCCGGCAUCGAGAAGAACUGGAGCACUGAGCUCAACAUCCAGGAAAUCAUGACCGUGCCCCCACCGUCCAUCUCCGGCCGAGUGUCCCGGCUGGCUGUGAAGGCUGCCUUCGUGGGUCUCAUGGGCUACAGCCUGUACUGGCUGGGCCGCCGCACAGGGAGCCUGGUCCUGGCGCUACCUGCUGUGCAGGGCUGCCUCCGGAGAGCGUCCGCCAUCCUGCCCAAGAAGUAG